AGGUUUAGAGAAGGAACGGUUCUCAUUAGUCCACAUCAGAGGCUGAGAGUCGGGACGAGCACCGGGUUUACAGGGCGAACAUCUCUGAGAUCCCAGGUCAGAUCCCAGACCCUCAUACGCCUGGUGAUCCAUCACUUCCUGCUCUGGGACCUGGUUCUGCAGAUCACAGAGCAUCAGCGGUCGGUCCGGUUGUCCCGUCCUGGUCUCAGUCGUCACAGAAGGAGACGGUGUGAUGCCUGAAGGAUCUCACAGCUCCUCCUGUGACGUCUCCAUGGGUGAAGAGUCUCCUCGCCUGUCCACUGCCUCCAUCAGUAGUAAUGAGCGCGCUCCGUCGGCCACGCCCUCCGACUCCUCCGACCUGCCGUUGUCAGAACAUCGCCCGGUGAGCCUGAUCUCCACGCUGUCCUCAGGAUCUGGAUCCUCCAGAGACGACAGCCUGGCCCCGCCUCCACUGUCCUCCCAAAACUCGGACCCCGACAUCGACCUGGACCUGAGCCCUGCAGGGAGCGGCGGAGGCAGCGCAGACAGCAAGGGGUUGGGGCCACGCCCACCAUCUGACGAGAAGGGGCGGGGCCUCGGACUUGUUCACAACAACAACAACAACAAAGAGUCGACAGCAAGUCGAGCCUCCAGCCGCCGGCAGCAGACGCCGUUCAUAAAGAGCAGCAUGGCACCCAACCCUCAGCUGACCUACCUGGACCGGGUCGUCAUGGAGAUCAUCGAGACUGAGAGGAUGUACGUCAGAGACCUGCGCAUGAUCGUAGAGGAUUACCUGGCUCACAUCAUCGAUCAGUCUGAUUUGUCGAUGCGUCCUGAGCAGGUGUGCGCUCUGUUUGGAAACAUCGAGGACAUCUACGAGUUCAACAGCGAGCUGCUCCAGGCUCUUGACCUGUGUGACAACGAUCCCGUCGCCGUCGCCCGGUGCUUCGUCAUGAAGAGCGAGUACUUUGAGAUCUACACACAGUACUGCACCAACUACCCAAAUUCGGUCGCAGCGCUGACCGACUGCAUGAGGAAUAAAUCCCUCGCCAAGUUUUUUCGGGAGCGCCAGGCGUUGUUGAAGCGAUCACUUCCCCUGGGUUCAUACCUGCUCAAGCCUGUUCAGAGGAUCCUCAAGUACCACCUGCUGCUCCAGGAGAUAGCGAAGCACUUUGACCCAGAGGAGGAAGGUUAUGAGGUGGUGGAGGAGGCCAUCUACACCAUGACAGGGGUGGCCUGGUACAUCAACGACAUGAAGAGGAAGCACGAACACGCCGUCAGACUGCAGGAGGUUCAGUCUUUGCUGCUGAACUGGAAGGGUCCAGACCUCACCACGUACGGAGAGCUGGUUCUGGAGGGAACCUUCAAAGUUUAUCGAGCUAAAAACGAGAGAACGCUUUUCCUGUUCGAUCGCAUGCUGCUCAUCACCAAACGCCGCGGAGAACACUACGUGUACAAGACGCACAUCUCUUGCUCCACCCUGAUGCUGAUCGAAAGCGCCAAAGACUCUCUGAGCUUCAGCGUCACUCAUUACAAACACCCCAAACAGCCUCACACCGUCCAGGCGAAGACACUGGAGGAGAAGAAGCUGUGGGCCCAUCACAUCAAACGCAUCAUUCUGGAAAACCACCACGCCAUCAUCCCACAGAAGGCUAAAGACGCCAUCUUAGAAAUGGAUCCUAUAUACCCUCCCAGGUAUCGUUACAGUCCUGAGCGCCUGAAAAAAGCUCUGUCCUCUCAGUCUGAGGAGUUUCAGCGAGACAGCGGACAGGGACGGCGACAGUCGGAUCCGAGCAAACAGAUUCUGAAGAACACCAAAGGUGAAGCAGCUGCCAUAAAGCGCUCAGACAGAGAGGGGGUGUUACCGGGGGAGAGACGCUCUCUGCAGCCUGCCGUCAGCGGCGCCGUGGUGGGAUCCAGUCUGGACGAGUCUGACGCCGACCGGCCCGGGGAGGAGGAGGAGGAGCUCAGCAGCAGGAAGAGCUCACUGGAGCGGCUGAUCUGCAGCGAGGAAGAGGAGGAGGAGGAAGAGGCGGGGAGGUUGUCUCCACAGCGGUCUCAUCAGAUGGAGGACAGUGAGCCGGACGACGUCCUGCUGGAGGAAGACCAGGUAGACGACUUCGCUAGCUCCGUGCUGGCUGCCAUCUCCUGCUGGCACUACAGGGUCCAGGCCUUUCUUUCCACCACGGUGACGGAGGCGGAGGGAGGCAGCUCGAACAAAGAACAUGGACGACUUCCUGAAGGUGAGCCAGCUGGACCUGAGGCAACAUCUGAGCAGCCCAGCACAGAAAAGCUGCCGCAGGAGAAGACAUCAGAGUCUGAACCAGCUGAAAACCCUGAACCAGAACCCACCUCUGAUCCGGACCCUCCCAUGGUCUCAGUGUCUCCUCAAAGGUCAGAAGAACUGAGACCUGAAAGAGAUCCAGAACCGUCGUCUGCCACGCCUGAUUCAGAUUCAAAAACCCUGAGCAGUGGGGAGUCAUCUGAGGAUGAGGAGGAUGAUAAGGAGGAUGUAGAGAAGGAGAGUGAAGCCACGAGCAUUCUUCCCUCCUCUGUCCUGGACAAAGCCAGCGCCAUUGCCCAGCACUUCACCAACAGCAUCAAACGUGGCAGUCUGGCCCAGGACGACACCCGCUCCCUUGGCUGUGCUUCACCUCGGUUACCCAGCAGAACCGGCAGCAGCCUCAGCCUCAGUGCUGAACCUGCCGACCGACCUUUACGGCUCAACAGCGUCAGUUCUGAUGCUGCAGAGACCUUUGGCGUGAUGGACUUGACGCUGCUGUCUCCUCGGGAUGACAGCCUCUUUGACACCGACAGAGGCAUUCGACGGAGGCGGGACUCCAUCCUGUCCAAGCAUGACCAGCUGCUCAUCGGCAAAAUAAAGAGUUACUAUGAGAAUGCCGGGAGCCAGGACGCCACCUUCAGCCUUCAGCGCAGGGAGAGCCUGACAUACAUCCCAACUGGGCUGGUCAGGAGCUCCGUCAGCCGGUUCAACAGCAUCCCAAAGGACAAAAUGAUCCAGGCAAAUCCCACCACAUCCUCCAGUCUUGACGUUUCAGUGGAAUCACACUCAGCUUUACCCACAGAUAACCGCGAUCACAUAGUUUCUAGUGACUCUUUGGAUUCUUUGAAGUCUGAUCAGAGAAGCACAGAAGAUUCAGGAGAAAGCCUCAGGUUCAGAUCUCAGAGUCUGCAGGAUAAUCCAUCAGAGGAUGAAGAGUUCAAACCUUCAUCUGAAAUGAUCAAGAUCUGGCAGGCGAUGGAGCAAGAGAUCACCAGAUCCCAAAGUGAACAAUCCAAAGAAGCUCCAAAAAACCCCAGAGCCACCAGCGUCAGGCUUUCUAACCUGACAAAGACCCCAAACAAGAGCUCUGACCAGGAGAGUCAAGCAUCUGACCUCAGCACCAUCACAGAGGAGUCCACGAGUCCUUCGCCCCUGAAACCCAAAGCCUCUGGGAUGAAUCGGACAGGAAGUCUGAAGGACACCCUGAAGGUGUUCGGGGAGGAGGCCGUCAUCCUCAGGGCUUCAGUUCCUCGGGUCGCCCAGCUGAAGGCGGAGGCAGAAGGGGAAAGGCCCAGCGAGGAUUCGAACCAGGUGGACGACAAAACGAAGAGCAAAGUCCUCCACCUGGCUCGUCAGUACAGUCAGCGAAUCAAAACGACCAAACCAGUGGUCCAACAGCGAAGUCACGGCGUUUUGAUCAGCAGGAAGAGCUUACCCUCUUUGGUGGAGGAGAAGGAGAGUUCAGGUAAACCCAACCUGACUCUGACACUGAGAUCUCAUAAUAAAGCAUCCUCACUACCGCUGAGCCCUGUAGACCAAGCCCGAGUGGUCUCCCCAGAUCGGGCUCGCUCCCGCAGUCCCCUCAGUCCUCCUCCUCCCAUCGAGGGGUUCAACUGGCCCGACGUCCGUGAACUCCGCUCCAAAUACUCCGACCACAGCUGCUCCCAGAAGAGUCCUGUCGGCAGGAGUCGAUCCAUCCCUGAGCAGAUGUUUGACAGAGGUCUGAGGAGGCACUCCGGCUGCUUCUCCAGCCACCUCUUUGCUGACGGAACCUCUGGUGAAGAUCCUUCAUACAAGCCUCGCAGCAGCCGAGACAACAGCCGAGAGGAACGCAGCAAACGGCUCCACCGAGCCAAUUCUCUGGACCCUCGGCUGAGUGGAGCACAAAUGGCUGAACUGCAGAAGCUUCAGGACCAGGUCGCUAACAGCAGCUACGAUGGUUACUUCAUCGCAGCCGAGGUGCCGCUAGCCAGUGCCUCCGAACACAAGAUCAUUGUCAUAGAGAAACUUCCAGAGCCUGAGUCAGAGCCUACAGAAACAGCCAAAGAAGAAGAAGACGACAACUACGUUCAGAUUCGUUCACCGACCAGCAAAGAGAAGAUCUCCAUCAUGGCCGUCAUUGACCGCUGCCGGGCCUAUCAGGACUGCGACGAAUACAAACAGAGGGAGGAAGCGAAAGCUAAAUUUGAGCUGGUGAAGCCUCAAGAACUCGACAAGACGGCAGCGUCCUUUACCGAUCAGGACGAGUCCCAGAAAACGAGCUCAGACUCCGGACAGAAGACGGAGGCCGGUCAGCAGAGCAUGGUGAAAAAUCUGAGAGAGAAGUUCCAGAGCCUGAGCUGAAGAAACCUUACGAUGAAAGACAUUGCAUCAAAACUCUGAAGUGAUGAACCCAAAGAUUUAUACAGACAACGCAAACACCAGUGAAAGAGUGAAAAAGCUCCUGUUUAGCUCUUUAAGUAGCAAACGGAUGAUCGACCUGUCAGUAGGAUAAAAAUAAUAAUCCAAUUUAUUAUGGUCUGACAAACAUAAAGGAACCGUCACCUUGUCGUGUUGAUCAUAAUAAAACAACAAAAUUAUCACAUCAUUUAUAUAUAGAUAUACUAUAUAUCUAUAUAUGUUUAUAUAUCUAUAUAAAUGUAUAUAGAUAUGAUGAUAGUUAUACUGAUUGGGAAUUUCCAGAAACAUUUAGAAGAUAGAAAACGUCUUGUGAUUGAUUUAUGUAAAAAUCCAAAACCAACUUUCUUGAGAUUACGAGAUCAGUUCCCGAUGUCUUCUCUUCUCAUUUUGUAGAUAAAUAUUUAGAUGUAUGUAAAUAUCUUUAUACAGUCGUCAAGUACAAAUGAGCUCCUGUCAGAAUAUUUGUGAAAAGCACCUUUUUGUACUGGAUGUAAUGUGUUGAUAUGUUGCACCAUGUCAGUUCUGUCAGUUUGUGUGUGGAGAGUCCAUCACAGUCUCAGAGCAUCUUCUUCAACAUGCAAACACAGCAUGAACAUAAACACGGGAUUCGUUAGCUUACUAAACAUUAGUGAAUGUGUCCUUUUGUGUGCCUUUUAGUUUGUCUCGUUUCUGUGUUCACUGAUCUCACAGGGAGUCGGGUUUCCUUCUCCGUACUCAGCAGUUUUGUUAGGGAGCUGAUCCACUUUAGCCCCUUGCUCAGUGGCACACUGGCAGGUUUGGGACUUGAACCUGUGGCUCUUUUGUAACCGCUCGUCCUCUCAGUCGACCACUGUUAACAGGCUCCUUCUGCCCUGUUGCUGCUAUUUAUUGGAUCUGAUGUAAAUAGAAACAAAAACAGUGUCUUUGUAUAAGUGUGGUUUUAUGUUUGUGUUUCUAUGACCUCAGAACACAUUAAAUCCAACAGAGUGUA